AUGUCUCAGCCUUCUUCGGGAAUAGGAUCAUUUUCCAUUGAUUCCUUAAUAGGGAAUCCAACGACUUCCCCCCGUUUGGGACGUUUCUUCAGUAACCCUUUGAUGUUCAUACCAACAAACAGCGUACCACCUUCUCCGCUGAACUUCUCCCCAGAAAUGGCGUUUCCCCUCCAUCAUCUCAUGCAUCAGCAGUACCUCGGGACUAGACCCAUGUUACCCGCUAACUAUUUCCCCGCCAGAGGCCAUCCCCUAGGGACAGCUCAAUCUUGGCCGGGAAUACAGCAACUUUGUCCCGCGAAAUCUAAACUGCCAUCAUUGCCGUGUGAGAGGAUGCAAUCUCCAUCCACCGGAAGCGAUUCUCCGACCGGUUCAUCUUCUCCUGUGGGAAUCUGUCAGAACAGAGCGACAGAAAUCUCGGAGAAAAGACAAAACCUUCACGUGUAUUCACACUCUAAACGCUCCGAAUCUGACGACGAUGUUAAGAGUUUUGAACAAAGCAUGGAGGAGACAAGCGAGGAUGACAAUGACGACCUGGAAAUGACGUCAGUUUUUGAGGAUUCUCGAUUGACAUCGGAACACACCGAAGGUGAUAACAAAGCAACGAUUAUUCCCGAAAGAACUGGUACUGUGUCAGUCAAAACACGCCGGAGAAGGACUGCAUUUACAAGUGAACAAUUACUUGAGCUUGAAAAAGAAUUUCACAGCAAAAAGUACUUAUCGCUAACUGAACGAUCUCACAUUGCACAUAACUUAAAGCUAAGCGAGGUUCAAGUCAAAAUCUGGUUUCAAAAUAGGCGAGCGAAAUGGAAACGAGUCAAAGCUGGAAUGAUACAUGGAAGGGCAGGGCCGGAGGUUCCAAAUAAACCUAAAAUAGUUGUACCAAUUCCAGUUCACGUCAAUAGACUCGCCAUACGUUCACAACAUCAGCAGCUCGAGAAAACGAUUCGAACGCAGCAUGCACAUGCGCAAACAUUCGACCACCCAACAUUUGAUCAACAGUUAAAAAUACCUAACCAAUAGUUAAACAAACACAUAGUCUAUAUUUUCAACAAACAAGAAGAUACUGCACUAGUGAUCAUUUUUUGUCGUUUUGCAUCAUGUAGAAGAUUUAAUUUUAUUCUGACGAUUUUGACAACUCCGCCCAAGACGUAAGCUGAGCUAUCGGGUUACUUUAAUUAAGGAAGGCGAUGGAAACGUUCAGGACACCCUCUUUAUUCUUCUAAUGAUCUGCGUGACGAUUUGUAGAGAGCCGAAAUAUCCGGAGUUUACACAGACUGUUUGACGAGUUAGCCAUGUUCACAAAUCUAAAUAUCACAAUAUUUAUUCUUUUCUACAAAAAAACCUCCCCAACGUGCACUGUACAGAUGGAAAUUGCAUAGCAAACUGUCAAACAGGGAGAGGCGUCUUUUUACAGUGUACAGCAUACAA